AUGAAUUUAUCGAAAAAGGACGAAGAUUCAGGCGAUCUUGGAGUUUUUUAUCAUCUUGAUAAAACCACCGUCCUUCAAGAAGCUCGCGUUUUUAAUGAAACUCCAAUUAUUCCAAGAAAAUGUCGCCUUUUACUUACCAAAAUCAUUUAUUUGUUAUAUCUUGGUGAACCAAUGGCAACAACUGAAGCAACAGAAUUAUUCUUUAGCAUUGGUUUACGACAAAUGGUCUACUUAGUAAUUAAAGAACUUUCAACCAUCGCCGAAGAUGUCAUUAUGGUUACAAGCAGUUUGAUGAAAGACAUGCAACCCAAAUCUGAAGUUAUUUAUCGAGCAAACGCAAUUAGAGCCUUGUGCAAAAUCACUGAUGCUUCAAUGCUUCCAAGCGUUGAACGUUUUCUCAAAGCAGCUAUUGUAGAUAAAACACCAUCUAUUUCUUCCGCUGCAUUAGUGUCUAGCUAUCAUUUGUUUCCUGCGGGAAAAGAUGUGAUUAAAAGAUGGGCUAACGAAGUUAACGAAGCCAUUAUUUCUAAACCUGCAUCUCUAGUUGGCGCAGCUUCUUCAUAUUUGACAUCAUUUUCAUCAGGAGGAUCAUCAUAUAAUACUCCUCCAUCCACCAGUAAUAUUACUCAAUAUCAUGCAUUGGGACUCUUAUAUUUGAUUCGCCAACAUGAUCGAAUGGCUGUAACAAAGUUGAUACAACAAUUGGCUGGUAGUAGAAGUAGUUUUGGAUCUUCAAAUAGUGUUUUACGUAAUUCAUUUGCGUAUUGUCUACUCAUUCGAUAUGCCGCAAAGAUACUAGAUGAAGAUCCAAAUUCAAGGCAACAAUUGUACGAUCUUUUAGAGGGUUGGUUAAGACACAAGAGUGAUAUAGUGAAUUUCGAAGCAGCUAAAGCGAUAUGUAACAUUAAAGAUGUAACGGUUAAAGAACUUUAUCCUGCCGUUAAUGUACUUCAGCUAUUUCUUUCCUCUCCAAAAUUCACGCUUCGUUUUGCCGCCAUUCGUACUCUCAACAAAUUGGCAAUGAGUUAUCCUACAGCAGUUCAACCUUGCAAUUUGGAUAUGGAAAAUUUAAUAACCGACCAAAAUAGAAGCAUAGCUACCUUUGCUAUUACUACUUUAUUGAAAACAGGAAAUGAAGCCAGUGUUGAUCGUUUAAUGAAACAAAUUUCAGGAUUUAUGUCAGAAAUAUCUGAUGAAUUUAAAGUUAUUGUUGUUGAUGCAAUACGGUCCUUAUGUCUCAAAUUUCCUAGUAAACAAGUUGUGAUGCUUAACUUUUUGAGUGGUGUAUUAAGAGAUGAAGGUGGAUAUGAAUUUAAGCGAGCAGUUGUUGAGGCAAUUUUUGAUUUGAUUAAAUUCAUUCCCGAGUCCAAAGAAGCAGCUUUGGCUCAUUUAUGUGAGUUCAUUGAAGAUUGUGAAUUCACAAAACUUUCUGUUCGCGUUUUGCAUCUUCUCGGAAUCGAGGGACCGAAGACUGCCACACCUACAAAAUAUAUUCGAUACAUUUAUAAUCGAGUUAUAUUAGAAUCAGCUAUUGUAAGAGCAGCUGCUGUGAGUGCACUUGCAAAAUUUGGUGUUAGUGCGGAAGACCCUGAAGUUAAAAAAAGCAUUAAGGUUUUACUCACGAGAUGUUUGGACGAUAAUGACGAUGAAGUUCGAGAUCGAGCUAUAUUAUAUUUAAAGCUUUUGGAUGAUGAAGAAAGAGCAGAAAAAUAUAUUAAGGAUGAUUCUACAUAUUCACUUUCUGUACUUGAGAAACAACUCGUUCAAUAUGUGAGUAACCCUGAAGAAUAUGAAAAACCAUUUGAUUUAUCUUCCGUACCAAAAAUAACAAAAGCUCAAGCGGAAGUAGAGAAUUUACGACCUAGUAGAGGUUUAGAUUUAGGAACUACUCAGACAAUUGGUGUUUCAUCAUCAGCCGUAAUUGGAAUUAAUAAUUCCACAAUUGUUGCGACAAGUAGGGAUGCAACACCAACUCCUGGAUCAGAUCAACCGCAAUCAUAUGCUCAACAAUUAGAAAAUAUUUCAGAAAUUGCAUCAUUUGGAGCAGUAUUUAAAAGUAGCACAAAACCAAUUGAUCUCACAGAAAGUGAGACUGAAUAUGCUUUUAACAUCAAUAACACGUUGAGUGAUCAGUUAUUGGAAAAUUUGACAGUUGUAAUGCAACCAGAGUCAGAUGAUGGUAGUUUAGUUGAAGAAUUUAGUAUUCCAGCUCCAAAGUUACCAUAUGAUCAACCUGGAUCUGCAUAUGUCGCAUUUCGAAGAAUAAAUCCUGAGGAAUGUACCCUUGGAAGUUUCUCUAAUACCUUAAAGUUUGUUGUGAAAGAUUGUGAUCCAUCGACUGGAGAACAUGAUGAAGAAGGAUACGAAGAUGAAUAUAUGGUUGAAGAUGUUGAAAUAGUUACUGGUGAUUAUAUUCUCUCAACAUAUCUUAGUGAUUUCCAGGGUUCAUGGGAUGAACUUGGUGAAGAUGGACAAGUUGUCGAAAUAUUUGCUUUAACUGCUGCAAAAAGUUUAAAAGCGUCUUGCUCAACAUUAAUUGAACUUCUUGGAAUGUGUCCCGUUGAAAAUACUGAAACACCUCAAUCAUCAUCUGUGCAUACUUUAUUACUUUCUGGCACAUUUUUGGGAGGGCAUAAAGUUCUCGCCAAAAAUCGUAUGACCUUUGCCCCUAGUACAGGGGUUACAAUGGAACUUUCAGUUCGAUCUAUUAGUGAAGAAAUAAGUCGUACUGUUAUUGGCGCAGUUGUAUAG